CACUUGGAUCGCAUAAAUAGUGACAAAUUAUUGUCUGAAUGUGUGUAGUAAGAUCUAAGUGGUCAUGCUGUUGUACAUUUGUUGUACUUUGUCAUCAAUGGCUUUAGCUGGCGUUUGGAAAUUUUCUAAACAGUUAUAUCGAAUCAAAACAAUUGUAAAAGCCGUUCGAAAAUGUUGUGCUCGGAAAGUAAAGCAAUAAUCUUCACCUCGUUUGCUUUAGGAAUGCUACUCUUUGUUACCGAGACCGAUGCAAACAAUUCGAGUUUGGGUAAUAUUGUCAAGAACCUAGUCACGAAUAUGGAACAGAGCACAGUUUGGGAUGAAAAUUUACAUUUCUCACUCAUCUUUGCCGAGUUUGUAAUUAAACAAAAGGUGCGUUUUUAUCAGCCAACACGUUUCGAGAGUCAACUUUAUGAGGAUAUUUUGAAACGCAUCACAACUUUUAGAGCCAGAUUUAUUGUUAAGAACGGUAUUGGUCGACUGGAUAAUCUGUUGCAGAAAAAUGUGAGAUUGAUUAAGCCUGCUGUGAUUGAAGAUCAAAUUAACACCGAGUUGGAAUAUAUAACGCUGAAGCGGACUUAUGGGAAGUUACAAAAUACUGGAUUUCCAAGCUCAACAUUGUCAGAUUAUUGCCUGCUACAUAUCAGCUCUUUAGAUGACUGUGAUGCAAUUGAGAAGCAAUGCCUUCAGGUGAUAAGCUCCAAUGCGCCCACAUAUGGUUAUCGUCGUAUGCAUCAAAUUUUAAUUCUUUAUGUGCUGAUGCAUCAUACCUGUGCACCGCAUUUGGGUCCACAAAUCGUCUAUGAAAUUUUGUCAACGCAACAUUGUUCGGAAGUUUAUCGUGAACAUCGGCUCCUAGCCGAGUCAUAUUCGCAAGCUCGUCGAGAUUUGUAUAUCGAACAAAGUGCUUUGUGCGGCCUUUUUGGCUUUAAGGAGUUUCUUAAUAAGGCGGAAGUGCGAAAAAUUGCCUCAUGGGAUAAGUUCGGCAUUUGCAAUUGUGUCGGCGAAAUAACGUUUUUCCAGGCUUCUAAUGAAGAGGACAUAUGCAAGUGUGGUGACCAUGCACACAGCGUGGCAUUGCUAUUUUAUGUGAAUGCUAUGUUGUUUUUGUAUUAAGCAAACAUAUACAUGUGGACAUUAGGGUGAGCCAAAUAUCGAAUUUAUGCGUUAAAAUGAAGCUAUAUACAGUGAAAAACAAACUCCCUGAAAGACAGGAACUUUAGUGUAAUUUUUAGGGGGUGUCGGAGAGCAUUCGAAGUUUCCUAUACAAAUAACAGGUAAAAAAUCUGUUUUCAACAAUACUAUAACUUUUGAGCUUUUUAGAAUACAUUUUUUUACAGUGAAGAUUCUUGUAGAGCAUAAGAUUUCCCAAUAAAUCAACUCCAUGGAGUAUUUUUUGAUUAAAAAUUUUCAUAUUUAACAAACAAACCUAGAUUCAAAUUUAAUAAAAUAACUUUAUUUUGGCUCACCCUAGUGUAUGUAUAUACAAGUAUGUACUUAUAUAAAAAGUUUUGCUGUUAAAUAACUCGUAUCUGGAGUGUGCUUUAUUAUGAAUAUUGAAUAUACGUAAAAUAUAUAAAUAUAAAUGUAUAUAAAGAAAUAUAUAUAAAAAUAUAUAUGUACAUUGUAUAUCUAAAUAAUGUA